UAAAGACUGUGACGUUGAUGGCAUUUUACAGCUGAAACUUACAUUAUAGUCUAGUGUUAUUCGUCUUAGUUAACUGACAAAAUGUUUCUUGAACGAGUUUUUGUGUUUCUUAUGUGCUUGUGGGUGUGCCAGGGGAGGGAAUUUGUUGAUAAAAUGGACCGCUACCUCAUCGCCUGCCACACCACAGAUUUCACCUGCUUCAAACGCCAGUACACAGCGCUCAGAGACAAUGUUAUUCUGGGCAAUGUGAAACUGGCCAUCGACGAUUUUGAGCCGUACUCCGUGCAGUAUGGUCAAGAUUGUGUCAACAUUGAGGGAUGGACUGAAAGCGAACUUAUUGGGAUUGGGAUGGACAGCAACAAAAAGGAGCUAAUCAUGGCUCUGGUACUGCCCGUCUACUUCAAACAAGUGAAGAAUGACAUACACUGCUCUAAGCCUCAGCAAGAAUUUACAAACAUUGAUCAGUACGCGCACAACGGAACCCUCAUGGACUUCACCGGUAAUGCAACGGUAUCGGUAAUUUUUCCAUUUACUCUACUCAAGAAGAAAGGAGAAGUUUACCUCAAACUGGAGGAAGAGGAAGUAGACGCACUCGUGGACAUUCCUGUCUAUGUCUCCGAAGGAGGGGUUGAAGAUGCCGAUGCCAAAGAACUGAACCAAGCUUCUGACUGGGCCUUCAACAUCGUGCAACACAUUAAAGCAGCCGAAGACUUUGCACUUCCAUUCACGAGCAGAAUCCGCACAGCCUUUCAGAGGAUACCUUUUAGAAGAUUGAUGCUGCUGUAUCCAGAAGAAGACUAUUCAGAUCUACAAUUCGCUUUCAUAGACCCAAUCGUGCUUUAAAAAUAUUGCCAAUAUAAAAAAGACCAUAUUUAGGCUAUACACAAUACAGGGUCAAAUAAAAAGGACCAGCCUUACUUUGCAUGACAGCAUAAUGAACAACUUUAAUUAUGGGACCAAUGCCGAAAACGCGAAGAAAAUUUGGCUGUUCCAUAGAAAUGAGCGGCAACACGUUAGUCGAAACGGAUGGAACGGCCAAUUUUUUUUCGCGAUUUUAGCAUUAGUUACAUUAUAAAAGUUGUUCAUUAUGACAUCGAAAGUCUGUGAAGUAUGGCUGGUACUAUUUUACCGUGUAUAAAUUCAAAGCAACAAAACCAGAUGAAAAAAUACCUCUGACAUGUUAUAAAGAUUUUUGUAAGCAAAUUAUUCGAAUGAAAUUAUGAUUUUUAUUCGCACAAGUUAUGAUGGAUGUGCUGUAUUUACAUAAAAGGCUAAUAAAGUUUUCAAGGAUCAA